AUCCCAGUGGCCGAGCACCUGAUCGCCCAGCACAGCGCCAUCAAGAUGCUGCACAGCCGCGUGCGCCUCAUCCUCGAGUACGUGCGGGCGGCCGAGGCCGGGGAGGUGCCCUUCAACCACGAGAUCCUGCGGGAGGCCUGUGCCCUCUGCCACUGCCUGCCCGUGCUCAGCACUGACAAGUUCAAGACCGACUUCUACGACCAAUGCAACGACGUGGGGCUGAUGGCGUACCUGGGCACCAUCACCAAGACCUGCAACACCAUGAACCAGUUCGUCAACAAGUUCAACGUCCUCUACGACCGCCAGGGCAUCGGCCGCCGCAUGAGGGGGCUCUUCUUCUGAGGGUUGGGGACCCCUAAUUUGGGGGUUGGGACCCCCCAGUUUGGGGUUGGGGACCCCGAGUUUGGGGUUUGGGACCCCUGAUUUGGGGUGGGGACCUCCCAGUUUGGGGGGGGUUGGAGUGGGAGUUUCUUCAAUAAAAAGGU